UCGUUCACGACUAGUAUCAUAAAGAGUAUGAUUUUCAUUUGCUUUCUCUUUCCUUGAAGUACAGAUCUUGUCAUGGCCUCUGAUAUUCUUUGUACAUGACUACUCAAUCAGUAAUUGAGUGUUAUCUGCGGCGAUCAUGACAGGGAGCAACAGUCACGAAGUUCAUCUGAUUCAUUCUAAUAUGAUCCCCGUCAUUCACGCACUAUUGAGAACUCUAUUUGAGGCUCAUUUCCUGCCUGACUUAUAUCUCCUUCCUUCCUUUUCCGUUUCAGAAUCUCGUCAUCACAUUCCUUUCAUAAAUAUCGGAUAAUCAAUUUGUAUCAUACAUGUACUCCACAUAAUGUUCUUCAGGAAUACCGUUGGCACUAUACUCGUGGCUACCUUGGUGGCCUCGAAACCGAUGUAAGUCUUCAUACUUCAGCAUCUUGUCAUCUUUCACUAAAUUUGUCGCAGUUAUCAAAGAAAGGUUGACUUUGCAUAUGGGUCAACACCUGUCAGAGGAGUUAACAUUGGUGGUUGGCUUGUACUGGAACCAUGGAUUACACGUAAGCAGCCAUACCGACGUAGAUAUAUGGUAAAUGACAUUGACAUUGUUGAUAGCAUCCAUUUUUCAAUCACUAGACCAGUCCCUAGGAAUAGUCGAUGAGUAAGUUUAUCCACCUCUUCUUUUUCCUGAUUGUGCAUGAUAUUGAGGUAUCACUGCUUUCAUUUCUCGAGAAUAGUUGCUAACACUUUACUCGUUUAGGUAUACAUUGACAGAAAAGCUGGGAACAGAAGCAGCUUCAGCAAUCCUUCAACCUCAUGUAAGUCUUAUUCUCAUCAUUUCAUUUCAUAUCUCUUACAUGUUUCUAGUGGGGUACAUGGUGCACUGCCCUCGACUUCAAAAAGAUUGCCGACUCUGGCUUCAACACCGUUCGCAUCCCAAUUGGAUACUGGGCAUAUGCUCUGUAUGGCGAACCAUAUACCCAAGGUGCAGCUCCAUACAUGGAUGCCGCCAUUGACUGGGCACGUAGCGCAGGUCUCAAAGUUUGGAUCGACCUACACGGUGCUCCUCUUUCCCAAAAUGGAUUCGAUAAUUCCGGACAUCGAACCACUUCGCCAGCGUGGACAAAAGGUGAAUCCGUUACACAGACACUCUCUGUUUUAAAUACCAUCACCACAAAAUACGCUCAGGAGCAGUAUCAAGAUGUAGUAGUUGGUAUCGAACUACUCAACGAACCAGCAAAUUGGAUCAUGGAUUUCAAGGUAUUGGAACAGUUCUACAGGGAUGGGUAUGGACAGGUUCGCGCCGUUUCAGACACCGUUGUUGUGCUUCAUGAUGCAUUUUUCCAACCAGAUACUUGGAAUAAUAUCUUGUCACCAAAUGACAAUAAUACACAAGGAGGUUGGUUCUCCACAGCCCUUUUUUUUUUUCAAAAGCCCAGUAUACUAAUAAUCUUCAGUCGUCGUCGAUCACCACGAAUACCAAGUUUUCAGCGACGCCCUCGUUGCCAUGACGCCCACCGAACACGUCGAUUACGUCUGCUCCAACGCCCAUGUCUAUACUGGCAGCGAUAAAUGGGUCGUCGUCGGCGAAUUCACAGCUGCAAUGACAGAUUGCGCAUUCGCGCUCAACGGGUACGGUGUCGGUUCCCGCUACAAUGGCUCAUACCCCAAUUCCACAUACGUAGGCUCCUGUGAGGGGAAAUCAAAUAUCACUACUUGGAGCGAUAGUUUCAAGGCGGAUAUGAAGAAUUAUUUGAGUGCUCAAUUGGCAAGUUUUGAAACGAAGGCUAAUGGGUGGAUUUUUUGGAAUUUUAAAACCGAGGCUGCCCAUGAGUGGGAUGCGUUUAAGUUGUUGGAUUAUGGCAUUUUUCCGAACUUGGCGGAUGGUACACCCGCUGCUAUUUGUUCGUAGUGUGGAUGUGGGUGUGGAUGAGGGUGAGCGUUGAUGGAAUGGGACGAGGUGGUGGUUCUUGUGAAUGAUUUGUUCGUUCUUCUUUUUUUGUAUUAUAUAUACACGUAUUAUAUACCCAUGAAUUUUACCUAGAAUAAACCUGUAUAACAAUAUAACGGAAAAUUAAAGAGGAUUAGUUUAUUUAUUAUAUCCACUACUUCAAAUUUAUAGUGAAAAAGAAAAGAGCAAGAAGAAGAAUAAAAAGCUUUAUACCUAUUUCCAUUUCUUGAUAUCUAAAACUCUUGGUAUUAUUAUAAGGAUACUUCUUCCAUUGUAAAAGUGGUAGGUCGAGAUACAUGCGUCCCGAUAGCACACUGUGAGAAGGGAAUUGGAAAAGAAAGCUGAAUUAAAUUACAUUGUAAUAUAUUACUUAUAGGUAAAACAGGGUUCACAAUAGUUUUGAGGUUGAUAUUAUAUAGAUUCAAAUAUAUAUAUGUAGAAGAUUGAUUAU